GAAUAAAUGGUGUUGUUGGAGGAAGGAAAGGAAACGGUGUGGCGAAGUCAGAAAUCUAAAACGAGGAGUAAUUGCCACAUUAGAAAACAACACCACACCCUUUACAUACGGUACGAAGAAAUAAACGAAGAAAAGCCAACUGAGUCCAUCGUUUUUAAAGCGGGGGCCGACAUGUCUGAAACAUACGACUUCCUGUUUAAGUUCCUGGUCAUUGGAAGUGCUGGGGCAGGGAAAUCUUGCCUCCUGCACCAGUUCAUUGAGACCAAGUUCAAGCAGGACUCCAACCACACCAUCGGGGUCGAGUUUGGGUCCAGGGUGGUCAACGUCGGGGGUAAAACGGUUAAACUACAGAUCUGGGACACAGCCGGACAGGAGCGCUUCAGGUCUGUGACUCGUAGCUACUACCGCGGAGCGGCAGGGGCGCUGCUCGUCUAUGACAUCACAAGCCGGGAGACGUACAACGCCCUGACCGACUGGCUGACAGACGCGCGGACGCUGGCCAGCCCCAACAUCGUCAUCAUCCUGUGCGGCAAUAAGAAGGACCUGGACGCGGACCGAGAGGUCACCUUCCUCGAGGCGUCUCGCUUCGCACAGGAGAACGAACUGAUGUUCCUGGAGACUAGCGCUCUGACAGGGGAGAAUGUGGAGGAGGCCUUCCUCAAAACCGCCCGUACCAUCCUCAACAAGAUAGAGUCAGGUGAGUUGGACCCAGAACGGAUGGGUUCAGGUAUCCAGUAUGGAGAUUCUUCUCUGAGGCAGCUGAGACAGCCCAGAGGUACCACCGCACAGACCAAGCAGCAGUGUAACUGCUAGGGGCCGGACCUCACCCUCACUCUUCAGCCCCACUCCCACAUGCACAGGACGUGCCCUAAAGCUCGAGGUGUUUUGGGAUGUGCAGGACUCUUCCCCUUAUCCCUUCUGAAACCACUUACACACGUACAGCAUACCUUGACCAGUCGCCAUGGAGAUGACCUGCAACUCCUGACCAUUGGUAAGAGACUAUACUUCCUGCCAAGGAGGUUACCCAGGCUCCUGAGUCCUAGGCUGGGAAACCCUGUGGUGUGAACUGUGCUGGGAACAUAAGAAGAAGAGUCCAUAUCUGGGAUGACUGUCAGGGUCAGGGGUUAUGUGUAGGGGAUUUCCUGUUUUUACCCUCCCUUUGUGGUUUUUAUCAACACACACACACACACACACAGAGUACACACACCACCUGUAACAAAGUCCAUGAAGGAUGAAAUGCAAAACAAACUUCCUCAUUCAUACGCAGCCUGUUAGACUGCACUGUCAGGUUGCUUGAUGACUGAAGUUCUUAUGUUUUACCCAUCACAGCGGGAGCACUCUCCAUUCGUAUGUUUUUAUGAGCUGAUUUUGAUCCUUUGUUUGCACUGUACUUCUUAUCAAGCCUGCUUGUUCACCUUCUGAUAACCAGGCAAACCUAAGUCUCCCCAACCCGAGCUUGACUGCUCUGCAACCCCGAAAAGAGCCAUUUACCCACAACACCCAAGCAUGAGCAGAUAUUGGGUCAGUUGUGAAUGCUUCCUCAAUUAUUGUCCGACCCAUUUCCCUUGAUUCUUCUCCCGGCUUCAGAUGUACAUUUGUAAUUGAUUCCACCGGUCUAAAUGUUACCACAUGUAACUCGACCUCGGGCAUAAAUGGUAUUGAUUCUAAUCUAAUGGACAACUUGUCCAAGGUUUGUUUUCAAUUCAUGCAAUUUAUCAAGUGGAGUACUGGCCUUACAGGAACAUUUCUUGACAUUGUAGAUGUAUACUGUCCCCCCCUCCCAGUCCACAUGUUUCCGAUCAGUCAUUUCUAGCACCCCCCCCAAAUGGAAAUCGAUUCACUCCAUGAGGCAAUCAGAAAGGCCUGCGGGUCAUGUCCAAAGCACAAUGGUGAGUAAGGUUUCAGUUCAGUCUUUUCUUAUGGUUUUCCAAAGGACCCCUUGUUAUUCCCCAUUAUCAGCUGCAUAUCUAAUGUUACUGCUUGCCUUUGCGUUGUAAAAUGCUACACUCUUGUCUCGUUCUCCGGCUCUAUCGCGCCCCUGGGGGGGUUAUCUGUGAGAAUUGUACCCCCAUCUUGGCCCUCUUCAUUUCUCUGCUGCUCUGAGUUCACAUGUAAAGACCAGUCACCGGGAGCUAGACUGGUUACAGUGUCACUAGUGGGAAAUAUUCCGGUUACAGGGCCAGGCGGCUGUCUAAGAUUCAACUGCACUUUUUGUUUUUACAUGUGUUACACAUGAAGUCUUGCCUCUUCCACCUAUCAUUUUCUGUCUGUCAUAUAGAAUCGGAUUAUGAAACAUUUAGAAUUUCAGGCCCCAUGUACCCUUACCUAAUUCCUAAGCAAUGCUACUGUUUGCACUCCACUAAGAGCAGGUUGUUACACUGAACCAGCAUAGAGAAGAUGGCUAUCAAAAUGCCACUGUGACAUCAUCCUGAGAAAGAAUGGUCCCAUUUUGUGUUUAAAAAAAAAAAGGUCUGCUUUAUUUUUGUUUCUCUUUUGCAAGUGCCACUUUUUUUUAUUGAGAUUGUUUAUAUACUGUAUCCAUAGAAUUGUAAGAUUUGUAUUGAUUGAAAAAUAUACUGUAAUAAAAAGAGCAAUUGGAAGUUAGUCAUUCUUUACUGAAGAACAACUGAGGGUUUUGUCCUUUCUCUCCAAGUGUUGACUGACCUGCCAGCCAGCUGUUCUAUUUUCCCUCUCCAGGGUUGUAGUAAAAUGAUUCCCUCUGCAAUUUUAUGUUGACCCAUUUGUCUGCUGCUGUUGUAGGGACGAUGUAACACUAGGGAGAUUUACUGUGACUUCCUGAGCCCGUGUUUGUGUGCAGACCACAGACUGACCGCAAAUCAGUCAGUCGGGUCUCACGACAGUAGUGUUGCACUCCAUGCUGCUUGACCCUAAUACCAUUGAACCCAGGUCUCAAUAAUGCUGAGUAUUCUAUUGGCUGCAUCGUAAGAACUUAAAUCUUUGGGCCAUCAGCCUAUUAUUAACUUUGUCUGUCCUUAACGUCUCCUGUCCUUUCUCCACUCGGAAUGGAGCAGAAACUCAGUUGUUGCUUAGUAACCAAUGUGAUGGAAUCAUUUUAAGAACUACUGUACAUCUGAAUAAUCUAUGCUGUAAAUAAUAUUUGUUUGUCUAUUGGAUUGUUUUUGGCAGGGAAGGUUUGCUUGUUCACUUUAAAGGUUCUAUUCGAAAUCAA